AUGGUAUGUGAAAGAGUCUAUAAAUGUCAACACAAAUACUAACAAGUUUUCCAGUCAUCUUUAUUAAAAUCUGCUAAUGCUUUAAAACCAUUAUUUGAUAGAGUUUUAGUUCAAAGAUUAAAACCAGCUGCUAAAACAGCUACUGGUAUUUAUAUUCCAGAAAAGAAUCAAGAAAAAUUGAAUCAAGCUACUGUUGUUGCUGUUGGUCCAGGUAUUACUAAUACUACUACUGGUCAAAUUAUACCAACUUCAGUUAAACAAGGUGAUAAAGUCUUAUUACCUUCAUUUGGUGGUAAUCCAAUUAAAAUUGGUGAAGAAGAAUAUUUAUUAUUCACUGAUAAAGAAAUAUUAGCUAAAAUUGAAGACAAUUAG